AUGAUAGACUGGAUGCAAGACUGCAUCAACAACCACCCAAAAUGCAUCCGAAGCCACAGCAUCAAGUCCUUCAUCCCAACCCGCGUCCUCGAUGUCGGUCAUCCAAGCACCAACGCCAACGACGCAACGCCACCCUCUCACAUCCGCGUAAUCGACACCACAAAAGAACCCAUCACCGGCCCCUACAUGACCCUUUCCCACUGCUGGGGCACAGGCACUUUCAUCCGCCUCACAGAAACCAACGUCAACGAAUACACCACUAACGGCAUUCCCUGGACAGAACUUCAGACCAGCAACGCGAACUUUGCCGACGCGGUGCGCGUUGUUCGCACGCUAGGAAUGAGGUAUAUCUGGAUCGAUUCUCUGUGUAUUAUCCAGGGCCAGCAGCACGGCGAGGACUGGAACCAUGAGGCGCCGCUUAUGCAUAAAGUCUACCGGAACUCGUGGUGUAAUCUCGCGGCGGCGGACUCGAAGGACCAUACGCGUGGACUGUUUAGAGAGAGGGCGGCGGAGGUGGUACCUGUGAGGUAUGAGAGCCAGCAACCAUCCGUGACGUUUGGGGAUAGGGUGUGGAGAGUUUUGCCUGCGGAUUUAUGGGAUCAGGACUUGUUGGGGAGCCACCUUUACACUCGCGGCUGGGUAUUCCAAGAACGAAUGCUCUCCCCCCGCCUGCUCCAAUUCACUUCAACCCAACUCUUCUGGGACUGCGCAACCCUCACCGCCACCGAAUCCCUCCCCCAGGGCCUGCCACCACCCCUCGACACUAAAUGCGCCACCGACAGACACUGGCGCGAACGCCUACAAUCCUCCGCUCUCUCCGUUCGACCCCUCGCCGGCACAGCCGAAGACUCGCUCGAAGACUUCUGGAAGAGUGCUGUUGCGGCCUACACGAGCUGCGACCUCACCUACGGCAAGGAUAAACUCGCCGCGCUGUGGGGUAUCGCGAAGCUCCUGCGGGAUGCGCUGGGUGAGGAGUACGCCGCGGGGUUGUGGGGGAUUAAUCUCUCCGAGCAGCUUGCGUGGCGGGUCGUUGAUUGUUCUUCCUCGGAGAGAUAUGGUGAGAAGGAGAAGAUUGUGGUCCCUAGGGGUGUGGCGGUCGGGAAUCCUAGCUGGUCGUGGACUUCGUUAAAGGGGGAGGUUGAGGUUGCGCCUAGGGUGCCGAGGUUGCCGAGAUUCUAUACAGCGUGCGACCACGGAGGUGGGAACGCGAGGUUUCAGAUCAAGAAGCCGCUUUUUGGGAGGUUUGAGGGUGAGCAUUCGACGGUGUGGCGGGAUGAGGUUGUGAAUAUGACGAGGAAGCUCAAUCGGGCCUCGGAGCGGGUCUCGGAGAAGGCUAGGAUGAGUGGUGUUACUACGAUUACUCCCAUUGCUGAGGACAUCGCAGGAGAAGAAGAGGUUGAGAAGCAUGGCGCGCCGAAAAUGGCAGCGCAAGGCGCAGUCACACAGCCGGAGACGAAGAGGGAAUUCGCUAUGGAUAAGCCCUCGGAGCUCCUAUCUACAUCCCUCCGCCUCCAAGCUCAUAUAUGCCAUGGGGCGCUUGAGGCAACUGGGGAAGGUCACUGGACGUUCACGUUCCCGGGACUGAACCAGAGUGACGCGCUCAUCGAAGCUUAUCCUGAUAUCCAGCCUUCAGAGAACAGCGUGCCGUGCGAGAUGCUCUUGCUUGCGGCGUCAAAGUUACUACAGAAUAAAUGGGGGCAUUGGUUUCUGGAUGAUGGAUACGUCGAAGAUGAGGACAUUGCUGAAAUGAAUUACUCCGGGACAGGGAUUCUUGUGGAGAGAGUUGGGGAAGGGCGUUAUAAUAGGAUUGGCGCUGUUGUGUUUCGGCAGGUUAAGAGGGAGAGUUGGAUUUGUUUGCGGCAGGCUUGUGGGAGUGGUGGAAUGACGUCGGAGGAUGAGCUUCAGGUCGAGGAUGGAGAGAAGAUUUGGCUCGAGUGA